AUGUCCAACUUCAAAAAUUUUACGUUAAAUUCUUUUGAAGAUUAUUACGGAAAGGCUUCUGAAACGCCAAAAAUGGAGGAUGAGAAAUCGGAAGCAACAAAUGUGAGUGCGUCCUCUUCAAAAAAAGUGUACAAAAGCAAAAAGAAUACCACAAGAUAUGAUCAAAAGAAUGUCUUUAGAAACUCAACGACAGGGCUUGCGCAAACACUGCCAACGAAACCGGUAAAGAUCAUAGAGCAGAGUAUCGAUUUUGCCAAUCCGAAAAGCUUCGACCUUUUGCAGUCGACACACACUAUCUGUUUUAAUAGAAAAAAUGGCACUACUGAUACAAAAUUAAAUAUGGAAGCUCAGACUUCCAGCGAUAUCGAUAACGACAUGUUGCAUGUUGGAGCACCCUCGGACCUGGGAGGUAAUAGCAAUGAUGAGGCGGAAACAAGACAAUUGAGAAAAUUUCGAUGGUCAAAUAAUAAAGAAAAAUGUAUUUGUGAAAAGCUGACCGUUAUAUAUUGGGCUCUUCUACUUAACACAACAAAGAGAGCAAGUAAAAGGAGGCCGAUAUUGUGUCAUCAAGUGAUAGCGGAGUUUUUCAAUAGAGUUUAUAAGGAGAAAUCAAGGGUACCUAUAACUUCUAGAUAUAUCAGGGAUAACCUUGUCACUUGGGUUACUCAAGGAAAGGAAUUGCAUGAAAAAGGCUGGGAAGGUGAUUCCAAAACUGGUGAUUUACAAGAGCAAUUCAAUAUAGCCAUUAUUAAAUUAUAUGACAGCGCAGAAGACGGACGUCUUAUCAUGGCUAAAGACAGAGUUUUUCGAGAGGAAAACAGUAGGAGCAACAGUUCGGUUCGAGCGGAAGAGGACUUUACCUCCACUACCGAUGAAAAUGAUCAGGUUGCUUUACAAAGGAACCUGAAAGAGGAUCGAAGAGAGUCUAUCAGGAAUCAUAUUCUUGCUUUGGAUCUGAAUGACGAGGAUUUUUUACACAAUAUAAUGAAGAUUUUAUCUUCUAUUGAUGAGCCAGAAUUAAGACAAUAUGUAGUCAUAAUCUCAGAAUUAGUCAGUAUGGAAAUAGACGAUGGUAAAACAGUACGGGAAAAGCUCCGAGAUGUGGAAAUGAGCAUUAAUAGGCUACAGGUUGAUAUAAAAGAGAUAAAAGAAAUGCUUAUUAUGCUAGCAAAGAAAUGA